GAGGGCUGCUGGCCCCGCGGUGUGAGGGUUCACGCCCUGGCGGAGGGUGUGGAAGGCCGGCCCGGCUGGCUGAAAGGAGGUAGAGGCCGGUCGGGUCCGGCGGGGAGUCCACCCAGCAGAGGGGCCUGGGGAGCCGGAGCGCUCCCUGCCGAGCUCGUUGCCCUGGUUCUCCUGGGCCACAUCCUCGCAGGCUCUCCCCAUCUCCGGGUCUCACUCCCUGGCCCCUUGCUGGUCGCUGGCCGGGCCCUACAGCUACCCCGGCCCUACAGCUGCCCCCUUUCACCCCCGCUUCAGCCCUCGCCUGGCCUGUGGCCGUUCUCACUUGACCAGAUCAUGACUCACGUGGACGAAGCAGCCCGCCGGCUGUCCAAGACCGGGACGAGCCUCUACGCAGUGCUGGAGCUCAAGAAGGGCGCCUCACCUGAUGAAAUCAAAAAGGCCUACAGCUACUGCCUAUUCUCUCCCCACCCCCCUUCUGGAUAUUGCCUUGGUAGGAGACUGGCCUUGAAGUAUCACCCAGACAAAAAUCCAGGGGAUGCUCAAGCAGCAGAAAUAUUCAAAGAGAUCAACGCAGCCCACUCUGUACUGAGUGAUCCAAAGAAGCGGAAAAUCUACGACCGGCAUGGCUCGUUGGGAUUGUAUUUAUACGAUCACUUUGGUGAAGACGGCGUCAAAUACUAUUUUAUGAUGAACAGUUGUUGGUUCAAGACACUUGUCUUCCUGUGUGUUCUGCUCACCUGUUGCUGCUGCUGCUGUUGCUGCUGCUUUUGCUGUGGGACACUAAAGCCGCCCACCGAGGACAUAGCGAGGAGAAAAUACGAGCAGAACGUCCAGACCCAGCCUGGGCAAGCGGGUGAGAACCACAGACAGGGACAAGGUCAGAGCUGGGUUAGGAACGGGAGGAGUGGUUGGGAUGAAACUGUGAACCAUAAAUAGGAGAGUCUCAAGUCGGUAUUGGGGCAAAGUGAAGAGAGGAGAGGGGAGACACUUGUUUUCUG